AUGGAUAAACCAACCUCAAAGCCGCAGAAAGCAGAAGAAAAUGCUGUCGUCACGGACAGGAUCAGUGAUCUGCCUGAUGCAGUCUUAUGCCACAUCCUAUCAUUCCUUCCAACUAAAAUCUGCGUGACUACGAGCAUUUUGUCUCGCAGGUGGCGCAAUAUCUGGAAGGAUAUUCAGGUCCUGGACUUUCCGUACGAUUAUAGCGAGGAUUCCGAGCAUUUGGCUGUUUUCAUGAAUCGGUUUCUAGCUCUGCGAAAGGGUUAUGAUAUUCGAGUGUUUCGACUCUCGUGUUUUUACGCCAACAGUACAGACUCCAAGUCAAUGGCUAAGUGGGUCCAAGCCGCCAUUGGGCCUAACCUGGAGGAACUGCUGCUUCGACUGAAUCUUGAUUUGGGUUUUGUGGUGCCUAACACUCUCUUCACUUGCAGCAGCCUCGUGUCACUGACUUUGGACUACGGAAUCCGCAUAGAAAAGCCUCCAGCAGUUUUUUUGCCAUCCUUAAAGAUGCUUGAGAUAGAGUACGUUUGUUUGUCACAUGAUUUUAUUGAAACCCUCCUCUGUGGCUGCCCUGCCCUCGAAACUCUGACUUGGCAUAUUUUUGCCGAAUGCUCUACCAAAUUCCGCGUCCCUUCUUCCUUGAAGAGAUUGGAGUUACUAGUUUGUUCUACUCCUUGGGAAUCUUACCUGGAUAUAGAUGCGCCACGUCUUGAGUACCUUUAUAUCGUCCAUGAGAGUAGCUCCUUUCAUUGCAAGGUUACCAAUUUACAUCAUAUGGUGCAUGCACAUCUUGAUAUUGAACCAAAGGACGAAGCAUCUGUCAACAGUUUUCACAAGCUUAUCCGAGCUCUUUGCGGAACAAAAUAUCUACAUUUGGGUUCUUGGUCAACAGAGACCCUACUUUGUCCCCCAAUUAUAGAUUUACCGAAUUUUUGCCACUUACGUAGGCUAGAGAUCACUUUUCCAUGUUUCAACUCAAAUUUCCUGAUAAAAUUGCUUCAGAAAUGUCAUGUACUUCAAGUUCUCAAAAUUCAUCACUGGAGGAAACAGAAACCAUUACAUUUACAAAGUUGGGCGCAGCCAACAAUGGUUCCUAAUUGUCUUCGAUCACACCUGACCUCUGUUCAGUUUGAAGGAUAUCGAGGACUUGGAGAUGAUCUGGAAUUUGCUGAUUAUAUUUUACGAUAUGGAUUUGUUUUGAAGGCAAUGAACAUUUAUACCCACAGAUCGUUGGACUCUGGGGGAAAGUUGUAUAAUAUUCACAGAAAAUCAUUAUAUGCUAUACCACGGGGCUCUAGCGUGUGCCAACUUAGUUUUUCAUGA